AUUAAUUAAAAACAAAAAAAAAACCUUUAAUAAAAAUGAUGUGCGGUGGCCAUUAAGAUAAAGAAAUUACAUAAGGAGAUAAAGAUUUAGUUUAACAUCACUUAAAUGACAUUAACUAAUUACUUGGAAAAAGCUAUACAGGUUUACAAGUCAAUUCGGUUUAAUAAUAGGUUGUUGCAGGAACUAAUUAUACAUUUGUUUUAACAACUAAUGAAGGAAAUAAAAUUGAAGUAAGAGUUUUCAAACCUUUACCUCAUACAAACUAGCCUACAUCUGUUACUUAUGCUAAGGACGUUUGA